AUGUCAGCAAAAACCUACUCGAUACAGAAACGAGAAGGCGAUGAAGUCUCAAGUGUUGCUGAUUUCAUGGCUGAUUUCGUGGCUGACUUUACUCCAUCAAUCGAGGCCCAGACAAACAAACCACAAAUGAUACCAGUUAGGCAUCUCGAAGUCCCGACAACCGAAGAUGUUGAUAAAGUCCUUGCAAUUGCCACCGAGGACAACUGGAUGACCCCUUUGAUCAAGUACAUUGACAAAGGAGAGUUGCCGCUCGAUAAGAAUGCUGCCCGACGACUCAGGGCAAGAGUCGUCCGGUUCACCCUUUUCGAAGGUCAACUUUAUAGGAAGUCGUACUCAGGUCCUCUACUCCGCUGUGUAACGACUAGGCAAGGUGGAGACAUCCUUUCAGAAUUACACGAAGGAGAAUAUGGGAACCAUUCAGGAGGAAGAAUUCUGGCCAAUCGAACUUUAACGACCGGCUACUUCUGGCCUACGAUUCGAGCAGAUGCUGCUAACUUCGUCCUACUUUGUGAUAAAUGCCAACGAUUCACCCAAGUUUCUCAUCUUCAUCCCGAGAAACUUCAUCCCACGCUUGCACCCUGGCCCCUCAUGCAUUGGGGAAUGGAUACAGUUGGCAAGUUACCGAUCACUUCUGGCCAAUGA